GGCUGUUCUCCUUUUCUUCCAUUUUUUUUCUUUUUUCUCCUUUUCUUUAGAUCUGCUUGUUACUUUUUAUGUAAAAUCUUCAAUAUAUAAUAACUAUAUUUUUUUGAAAAAAAAAUGCAUAACGUUCAGUUAUGAUUGCCCGCCUCGGCGGAGGCGUCCUUCCCUCGAUUCAGACCCAGAGGAGCCCAGUCAAACUUCCCCUGAUCCGGUUCCUUCGACCGGCGGCGGCCCGGGGCUCGGGGAUCCCGCCUAAGGGCGAUUCCGGUCGGCGAAGUGAAGCCAGACGCGGCCGGAGUUUUGAACCGCGGGUGAAAGUCGCGGGCUGGCUCGUGAUUGGCCGUUCGCCUUCUCCGCCUCGGCCAAUGGGAGCGCGGCGCGCGCGCGGGAAGCCCGAAUAUUGCGGCAGGAGGAAGUAGCAGCUCCGCCGUUUGCUGGACAGUUUCGCCUUUUGCCUUUUAUUCCGCUUUCCUUUCCCGGGUUUGGUUUUAUUCCUUUUUCUUGGGUUUUUUUUUUCUUUUUGGUGCGGCGGCAAGGGACGGGCAUGGUGCGGACCAAGGCGAACAGCGGAGGCACCGCCGGUGCCUAUCGGAAAGUGGUAGCUGCUAGAGCUCCGCGGAAGGUGCUGGGCUCUGGACAGGCGAGUGUUAGCUUGUCUCCUACAUCAAGGAAAGCUGAAAGUAAGUAUGCAGGAGGCAAUCCGGUAUGUGUGAGGCCAACUCCAGCCUGGCAAAAAGGAAUUGGAGAAUUCUUCAGGCAAACUCCCAGUCGCCUGGAAAAGGAGAACCACAACUUGGAGGAGGAGCCCGGGUGCAGCGAAAUAGGAAAACGCAGAAAGAAAGCACGUCCUUUGCCUCCCUGUCCUGCAGAACAGGAAGAAUCUGAAGAUGAUCAAAUGUGAGCUAUCCUGCUUCUGGCAAGCAGAUCUUAUGCGCUCAGAGUGUUAUGUAUAGGCUGUAUAUAUAUAUUGCAUAUAUUCCGUUUGAAUUUGAGCCUUUAUGUUGAUAAGCAUCUAGUUCUAGCAUACUACUCUGUUGACUAAAAAGUUGACAGACUAAAAAAAGGGACAAGUCAUUGAUACAAUGCUCUUAAUACUUAAGUGUUUUAAUGAUUCUUAACUAGUAACUACAUGCUUUGUAUUAAAACUCGUUUUGCUGCUUUAUGCACUUCUGUGCCAUAUCGGUGUUAAAUAACAUCCUUAUGCUUCUGUAAAAAAAAGUUUAUUUGACUGUUGCUAUGCUAAAUACCGAGUUUUUUCUGUAAACUAGAAAAUGCUGAAUAAUUCUUUUGGCUUUAAAAGAAAUAAGGCCCAAGAAAUGUACCUCAUUACAGUGGCGGAAUCGUAGAAUUUCUACAUGGCUCUGUAUAAUAGCUCAAGUAGGCCAAAUUGUGGUACGAAGGCAACACGAAGCACAGAAUCGCUGAUAUUAGAAAGAACGUAUUAAUGCUUCUAAAGAUGUUCCAGUUUGCUUCCAUCUUUGUUUUGCAGCACUGUGGGUGGAGUUUUCUGGUUUUCUGGUUAACCAAUUACUACAUUACUUGUAAUUGUGGAAUUGGCCUAAUAAAGAUACAAUGCAGAGUUUUUAUAGAAUUCAG